AUUCAGUUAUUAUGGAACAAUUAAAAUAAGACCACUAUUGUGAUAAUUAUUACUGUUAGAAGUGUUCAAGUGUUAAAUCAAAAUGAGAAAAUCUUUAGUAAUACAAAUUUUAUCUACUGUUGUGGUUGCAUUUCAAGCCAGUAUAACUGGCGCCACGAUGAGUUGGCCGUCGGUGACAGUGGACAUAUUCAAGUCUAACUCCACAGUUUUACACAGGCCCAUGACAUUGCUCGAGAUAUCGUUGUUCGGAAGCCUGAUCAAUGUUGGAGGCUUGGUCACGGCACCGUUCUGUGGGACAGUCUUCAACAAGUUGGGAAGGAAAUAUGGAUGUGUGUUUUUCGGUAUACCAUUUCUGCUAGGCUGGGCUAUAAUCUCGAUCACGUCCGACGUAACGAUGGUGUUGAUAGCCAUGGCGCUGACAGGCAUCGGUGCCGGCGGUCAAGCUGUGUCGCCCAUCUUCAUCGUGGAACUGGCUGAAGACUCAGUCCGGGGUGGACUGUCGGCAUGUUCAGGAACUGGAUACUUCUUCGGCAUCUUACUAUGUUACAUUAUCGGCGGAUAUUUCUCUUACCGGACGAUGGUCCUCAUCCAGCUCUCGAUGUCAGUCUUGAGCAUUGCUCUUUUCAUGACGCUAAAAGAGUCGCCGGUUUAUUUGGUACUUAUUGGGAAAUACGAGGAAGCAGCGAAAUCACUAGCGUUUUACAGAUGGACAGAUGUGUCAUCCAAAGAAAUCCAAACUGAACUAGCGAAGAUUAAGCGAGAUGUGGACCCGAGCCUUGAUAAUUUGCUCUUACAGGACAAAGAAUCUCAGCCAGCUGCAGCUGCUAUUUUAGAAGAAAAUGCUCAGAAAUCAACUGGAAAGAAAACUCAAGACAGUUUUAUAUCGCAACUCAAGUUCUUAUAUAACUCGCGAUCCUCGAAGAUGGCCUUGUUCGUGACGUCAUCCCUGGUAUUCAUGUCGAUCACGAUGGGGUCAUUAGCUGUCCAGGUGUACGCUGAGCCUUUGUUCAAGUUAGCAGUACCUUCGUUGCCACCCAACAUGUGCGCUAUCUUCUUGGCUAUCCUGUUUCUGAUAACUAGCUUACUUUGCGUGUUGCUGGUGGACAGAUGCGGAAGGAAGAUGCUGAUUAUCGUCUCUUCUCUGGGCUCUGGGCUGUGCACCCUCCUUCUAGGCACGCAGCUGCAACUAGGCUGGGCACCGCAUUGGUUCUCAGCGCUACAGAUCUACGCCUACAGUUUCGCGUACACACUCGGGGCUGCCGUGGUCCCGUUUAUCAUUAUGUCUGAGGUCUUUUUACCUGAGGUCCGCGGCCUCUGCAACAGCAUCGUGACCCUCAUGCAAUGGAGCAUGAACUUCAUCAGCCUGAUGCUCUUCGAGCUGCUGCAGCCGCUCGUCGGGCCCGGGCCCAUCUUCUACGCGUUCAGCUUCGUCUGCUUCUCGUGCGUGCUGUUCACGUGGCGCCUGCUGCCCGAAACCAAGGGCUUGUCCGUCGACCAGAUACAAGUGGCGUUUUUGAGGGGAAAUAAAUGAAUGAAAUAUUA